AAUAGCGAACGGUCUAUGGACUUUGUACACAAACUUUUAUAUUUUUUAUUACAUUUAUCUUGGUGAUUUAAGUGUAAAAGUGUUAAAAAUCUCUAAUCCUUUACAAUGAACUCCAUUAAAUCUUUGAUUUUAAAUCAACCUAAGAAUAAAUUUACUGCCGCAGUUUUGAGGGCAUAUUCUUCUUCCAAAUACAGCUACGAAACGUUGGCAGUUUCCGUUCCCAAGAAGAAUGUUUACCACGUCGAGUUGAAUCGGCCGGAUAAGCUAAACACCUUUAACCUGGCUAUGUGGAAAGAAAUCGGACAAUGCUUCAAGGCUUUACACAAGGAGCCGGAGUGUCGAGUCAUUGUGCUGUCCGGGCAAGGAAAGCUGUUUAGUGCUGGUAUUGACCUCAAGAGCUUGGUAGGGUACUUCACACAAGCAAACGAAAUUGAGGACCCGCCGCGCCGCGGCCGAUUCCUAUACGAUUGGAUGAAAGACUGCCAGGCCUCUAUAACUACGCUGGAAGACUGCAUCAAGCCGGUACUGAGCGUGGUGCAUGGCGCGUGUAUUGGGGCGGGUAUCAAUCUUACUACUGCUGCCGAUGUUAGGUACUGCACCGAAGAUGCGUGGUUCCAAGUUAAAGAAGUGGAAGUUGGAUUGGCAGCCGACGUUGGAGUACUACAGAGGCUGCCCAAGAUUGUAGGUAACACAUCAGUAGCUCGGGAGCUGUGCUUCACCGCGCGGAAGUUCGACGCCAAGGAGGCUCUGCAGAUCGGGCUGGUAGGCAAAGUGCUGCCGGAUAAGGAAAGUGCCCUCAAGCACGCCUUGGAAGUGGCUGAAGACAUAGCCACCAAGAGUCCGGUGGCGGUGCAGGCCACCAAACUGAACAUCAUCUACUCCCAAGACAAGACUCCUAAGGAAGGACUGGAGCAUAUCGCUUUGAUCAACAUGCUUAACCACCAAGGCGAGGACUUCACCAAAAGCGCGAUAGCACUCGCUACCAAAGGCGAGAAACCCGAUUUUGAAGAUUAUUAACCCUUUAUAGUGCACAGCAUGUAUUAGGUUUGAAGAAAAAAAAUAUUUUCAACUUAUAAUAAAUGAAUAAUGAUUCUAAUUUUGGUGGCUGCAUUUGUGGCCAGUGUCCAAAAAAAAUAUUUUCGGCCUUAUUACAAAUUAAAACUGUUAUAAUUUCGGUGGCUAUAUUUGUGACCAGUAACCUAUAAAUACCAAUUUAUCUAUUCUAACAAUUCAUUUGUCCUGUCCUGACUUAUUAUUCAGAUACUGCGAAAACUACUAAACUUUUUAGAUUUUUUAUAACAUCAAAACUCAAAACCCAUUAAGAAAUGUUUUGUUUUUAUGAAAUUAUGUUUUGUAGGUAGAAACUAGCCUUUUGUUAUGUUGCUAAUGUAAAAGAAUAAUGUUAUAUUAAUAGAAAUAGAAAUACAGAAGUGGUCUAAUUUUAGUGGAAGCUCAAUUUAUACCCUAUAUUUUUAUGUGAAAUUUUGAACUUGUAAAAGUAUACCUAUUCAAGUAAAUUAGUUAUUUAUAAAAGGACUGGAUUAUACGUGUGCUAAGUGAAACUAUAUUUUUGUUAA